CCGUCCUUUCACUGGAGGUUAUGGCUGAGGAGUUUGCGAAGAGAAGAGAGGAGGACAACUCGGAUUAUUUGAUAGGAGCUAUGUUUUAAUCUGCUUUUAAGUGCGCAAUGCGUUACUGUGAAUUGACUUUACGCAACGGCUGUUAUGAGCUUUAAAUCGAGAAGGCGCUGAACCUGCUACAAUGUCGCACGCACAGGUUGAGAUCCCAGGACGCGGUUUCCCAGGCCUCUCUGUGGAUAUGACCGACGAUUGCUUGUCCCGUGUCCCCUCCAUGCUGAGAACGCACGGCUUGGGCGCACGGAGAAAUUCAUACGGGCUGCAGAAAAUCAGCAUGGACAUUGAUUCGCCUCUUUACAGUGGCGUUCUCUCCAAAGCUUUGUCCUGGUCGGCUGAGAAUAUCCUCACACUGACCGAGUCCAGAGCAGAGGAUGAGAAAACCGACGACUCUCCGCAGUCGCCGUCUCCUGUCUCCAGCCCGGGCACCAGCUCCAAUACGCCCCCCAGCAGCCAGGAGCAGGGGAACUGGGAUCCAGUCCCAAGAUCCAGCCCUCAGGACGUCAGCUCGGAGUCUGAAAAUGAACUUCAGAAUAAUAAACAGCGCAAAUCUUUGUCUCGCAUCACCUUUGACACUCAGUGGGAGCAGGAGGAGAAAGAGGACGUGGAGACCAAAGCGGUGGCGACUUCACCUGAUGGAAGAUACCUGAAAUUCAACAUAGAGAUCGGAAGGGGGUCUUUCAAGACGGUCUAUAAAGGACUGGACACAGAGACAACAGUGGAGGUGGCCUGGUGCGAGCUACAGACUCGUAAGCUGACCAAGGCGGAGCGGCAGCGUUUCAGUGAGGAGGUGGAGAUGCUGAAGGGCCUACAGCACCCGAACAUCGUCCGCUUCCACGACUCCUGGAAGUCGACGGUGAAGGGCCACAAGUGCAUCAUCCUGGUGACUGAACUCAUGACCUCAGGCACGCUCAAAACGUACUUGAAGAGGUUCAAGGAGAUGAAGCUGAAGCUGCUGCAGCGCUGGAGUCGUCAGAUCCUCAAAGGGCUUCACUUCCUGCACACGCGCACUCCUCCCAUCAUCCACCGGGACCUCAAGUGCGACAACAUCUUCAUCACCGGCCCCAUCGGCUCUGUCAAAAUUGGAGAUCUGGGGCUGGCCACUCUCAAAAGUGCCUCUUUUGCUAAAAGUGUCAUUGGAACACCAGAGUUCAUGGCCCCAGAGAUGUACGAGGAGAAAUACGACGAAGCCGUAGACGUCUACGCCUUCGGAAUGUGCAUCCUGGAGAUGGCCACCUCUGAGUACCCGUACUCCGAGUGCCAAAAUGCCGCCCAGAUCUACCGCAAAGUCACCAGUGGAAUGAAGCCUGACAGUUUCUACAAAGUCAAAGUCCCAGAGCUCAAGGAGAUCAUCGAGGGCUGCAUUCGUAUGAACAACGACGAAAGGUACACCAUUCAGGACCUCCUGGAUCACCCCUUCUUCCAGGAGAACAAUGGCGUGCACGUUGAGCUGGCGGAAGAGGACGACAUGGUGAAGUCGGGCCUGAAGCUGUGGCUGCGCAUGGAUGACACCAAGAAGCUCCAUGGGAAGUACAAGGACAACAACGCCAUCGAGUUCCUCUUCGAGCUCUACAAGGACGUGCCGGAGGAGGUGGCUCAGGAGAUGGUCGUCCUUGGUUUCGUGUGUGAGGCAGACUUCAAGCUCGUGGCCAAGGCCAUACGGGACAGGGUAGCGGCCAUCAAGCGUCAGAGAGAGAAGUUGCGGCGGCAGGCGGAGGAGCAGAAGAAGAAGCAGGAGCAAGAAGCCAUAGAAGAAGAACCAGAGCCUCAGCAUCCAUUACCUAAAGUCAGCGAUGUUGUUGCAAGAGAGUCCCCCAUCCCGGCCGUGACACCUCCGGCCCCCGUUCUGUCCCCUGUUACCAGCUCAGUGGACUCCGGGGUCAGCUCCAGCUACCCCGCAGAGCCGGAGGAGCCCGAGGCCGACCAGCACUUCCACAUCCGCCACAACAGCCUGUCCUCUGCUAACUCUGACUGUGAGACGGACGGCUAUCUGAGCUCCUCUGGGCUUCAGGAUCCGCUGGAGGCCGGCAGCUUCAACACGACCCCUCCCGCCACGUACACCGACACCGUGACUGCAAACGGCCUCACCAUCCCAGCCCUCCGCUUCCCCUCGAGUAUUGCAGUAUCCAGCAAUGUGGAACACGGCAACUUAGGGGUCCCGAGCGGCUUCAACUCUCCUGUGGACAGCUACGCCUCCGAUGUGACUUCAGGCUUGAGUGACGGCUAUGAGGGCCUAUCGGAGAAGGGCGAGAAAACGGCUGCGAGGCGAACUGCCGGGAAGCUGUUCAGGAGGAGGGCGCGCUCCAGGCUGCGCAUCACAGGGCUCUCUGAUAAAGUGGACCGGGUGGUGGAGUGUCAGCUGCAGACACACAAUGACAAGAUGGUGACCUUCAAGUUUGACCUGGAUGGAGAUAACCCUGAAGACAUCGCUGCUGUCAUGGUGCACAAUGAGUUCAUCCUGCCGUCAGAGAAGGAGGGCUUCAUCCACCGCAUGGGCGACAUCAUCAAACGGGCAGAGGCGCUGAUGGCCAAAGAGCAGCCGCUCCACUUUGGCGGACACCGACUCCCCCAGCCCGCUUUCCACAACGGCGUUAACUCACUGUCGUCCUCACAGCCUAAUCUGCACAGCCACACCCUGCCUCGAACACACUCCUCCUCUUCUCUGCCCGACUUCAGUGUGGCUAACCCGAGCGUAGGGGUGUGUGGCUCUCCCCCAUGUCCCAACGGAGACGUCUUCAGUGCAGACAUUACUUCACCUGGGCGACCUCUAAUACGCUCACAGUCUUUCCACAACGCCCCAGGGUCUCCUCAUCAUUAUCAGCACCACCACCCUGCGUCUCUGCUGCCGCACCACCAGCACUACCACUUGCCAUUCAUGGGCCACAGUCACUUCCCAUUCCCAUACCCAGGCUCUCCAGGUUCCCCCAAACCAGGCGUCCAUCCUCCCCUCACACGUGUUGCCAGUAACCCCACCUUCCCUUCUGUUCCCUCCCCGGCCCCCGGUUCUCCAAAUCCUCAUAAUGACACCCCGAGUCCUGGCAGCAGUGAUGGCAUCACCAUGUCCCCACCUGCCCCUCAGCAUCCCAACAUGUGGCCCCCACACACGCAGCCCCUGUUUUCCUUAGCUAAUGUCAUCUCCAUGGCCAUGAGCAUGGCCCAGUCCUUCAUCCCUCCUGCGAGUCUGCCCGCCCAGGGGAUGCCCUCAUAUCCAGGCUUCCACCCACAGUUACCAGCUUCCAUGACCCCGCAGUCAGCUUUCCCCUCCGUCUACCCACAACCUUACCAGACCACACCAGUCGAGGUCCCGUAUGCCACAGCGGGCAUCCCAGCGCAGAACAACGUCUACAUCAGCCCUGAGAAUACGCCUCUGAUGGACGGAGCCGGGAUUCCUCAGAGCACUCAUCCCACCUGGCCGCAUCCCGUCUCUCCACCUUCUCUGUCCUCCACUCCUCCGCUGGUUCCUCAGGAGCCUCAGCAGCAGGUCAGACUCUCCAGUCCCCCCACCAGUCCCCCCAGCCUGCCCCAGGAGGACGGACUUCACAGUUACUCGUACUCGGCACAGGUUCCAGUCCCGCCUGAACCCAAAUCAGAAGUCUCCAGUUCGAACUCCAUGUCAGAUCUUUCUCCGUCACCCCCAGAGAGCCCAGAAAGCACUUUAUCGUCCUUCAGCGCUCCUUUGCACUCCGCCGUACCCGAGAUGAAAACCAGCAGCCCAAAACCGAAAGCCUCCUCCACUGAGCCUGAGGUCCAGUCUGCACCGGUCACCGUUGGGCGAUUCCAGGUGACGCCCAGCAUGCACAUUUCUGCGCCCGCUGCUCCAGUUGGCGCCGCACCUGCUGCACCUGCACCUGCAGACAGCGACAGCACCCCGUCAUCAGAGAGCAGCACGGAGGAGCAGGGGGAGUCUGAGACGAGCCUGGGCACCUCCCUCACCAUGUCCCCUCCUCACCCUCACGCCCACAGAGGCUCGACCACGGGGGUCCUCCAGGAGGCUGACGGGCAGGUGGGGUGGAGCCAGGAGCAGCAGGAGGACAGAGAAGAAGAAGAUGAAGAGGAGGAGGAGAUGGAGGGGGAAGAGGAGGUCGUUGGGGAACGUCAGAGGACGAGGAAGAGGAGCCGGAGGAGAGCGUACAGCCUGAGCCUGAUGGGAACGUCUGCGGACAGCGGGCUCUCAGUGACGGCGGCUGAGAUGGAGGGGAGGCUGUGGGACGGAGCGGCAGAAAGCCCGCAGUACAGCAACGCCCUUCACCAUUUAUGGAUGAUGACCUACAACCGCAACACUCCCUACAUGAGCAGCGAUGACUCCGACAGUGACGACGAGGACAUGCUGGAGGAGCUCCAGGAGCUCAGAGAGAAACACCUGACAGAGGUGCAGGCCCUGCAGGCCGCCCAGAAGAGAGAGAUCGAGGAGCUGUAUGAGAAGAUGGGGAAGAUUCCUCCUCCAGGCAUCGUCUCUCCUGCUGCGAUGCUGUCCAGUCGACAGCGCCGCCUGUCCAAGGGGAGCAGCUUCAACUCGUCCCGCAGGAACAGCCUGCAGCGCCUCGAAAUGUUGCCGCUCCAAGGUAUCAUUAGGAGAAACUCCCUCGGAGGCAGCAGCAGCGGCUCCCAGGAUAAACCAAGCAAAGGCGUCACCUUUGCCACUGACAUUAAUAGAAUGUAAGGAACUCAGCCAAGCACGCUGUAUAUGUGGACUACCUCAUCUGAAGUGUGACUGCAGUGGUCAAACCCGUGCUAUAGUUGGAUCGUUUUAACACUUUUCACUGGCACACCAAUCAGCAAACUGCUUCCCAAACUGCUGCCAGUGCUCAUUUACCUCAACGUGUAAAUAUAGAAACUGUCCUCAGUAAAGCUGGAUUCACACAGGAACUGCAACAGUUUUCAGCCCGCCGUCGAAUUGAUGCAUUUGUUGUAGCCAAACAACAGAAUACAGUUUAAACCGGUUCAUGUUAGAAAACGCCAAACUGUCAGACCCAACGGUUCAAGAUGAAACAGUUUCAGUCCCAGCUGCAACAUUACUUUGCAAAAAAUCCACAGAGGAGGUUGUGUCUUCGGUUUGUCAGCAGAAAAACUACAAGCCAGAUUUUCAUCAAACUUUGUGGGAACAUGGGCCAAGAAGGAACCCAUUUAAAUUCUGUAGUGGAUCUGAAUCAUGGGGCAGAUACACACUUUAUUUUUCACUUUUUGUCAACAUUGUGAGAAAAGGCAUUUGGCCUUGGCGGAGGUCUGAACUCUCGGGAGUACCCUUCUACUUUGAAACGUUUUCUCUGAGCUUUUAGCAUUAACGCAGUCAAGCGACGGUCCAAAGUGCUGCAGAGUUUGUGGCACUUUACUCCGACUUUGACCCAGAAUGAAGAUGGUUUCUGUUUUCCUGCUCGUCUGAAUCACUGCCGUUAAUCAAUGUGAGCGCAUUAAUGUGAACCACAGCGAGGCUCUGACACUUCUGACCGUUGUCGCACACACAACGACAUUUCCGGAUAAUCUCGCGACUCCUUUGCUGUAGUUUGUUGAUGAUUUCUCAGCACCUGCUGACUGCACAGUGAAUAUACUCUGAUUUUUUAUGUAUUAUGGAGACAUUUUGUUGUUGUACAUCUUGUUACUUUAGUGAUUUUGACACCUUAUAGGAUGACGUAUGUUCUCUAGACUCAGCCUUGACAUUUGAAAAUGUAGUCAAAAUGAUUUUUUCUCACAUUGUGAAGGAGCACAAUAAGAAUAUAUUUAUAUAAACAGGGUUCCCACAGUUUUACCAAUCAAUUUUCAAAACAUCAGUCCAUUUCCAUGACUUUAUUUAAGUAGUUUCUAAUGAGUAGACAGGCCUUGUACAGACAUGUCAAAUACAAGGACUUAAACUACUUUUUCAAGCACUCAUUUUUUAUUUUCAAGGGUGAUUAGUUUUCUCCACAACCAUCUGUUGCAAAAAAAUGUGUAAAUGCAAGAAAAGGGAGGAAACACAUGUUAUCAGGACCUAAAAUAUAACUUACUAUUAAUUAGCUGGUUAUCCUUUUUCUAAUUUCAAACAGUUUUCUAAUUGUUUCAUGAAAUCAUUUAUUUUUCGGUUCUUUCAAUUUAAUUCAAGUACUUUUUUUGAGUUAAAAAAAUGUGUGAUUUUCAAAAUAUUCCAGUAUUUAAAUUUCUGAGUGCCAAAUUUAAGCACCUUGUAUGAACCCUGUAUACAUUAUUUAACACACUUCCUGUGCAAACUGCUGGCGCUGCUAACUUUACUCGCUUGUUAAAACAUUGGCGGCCUUAGCAACGACCCGAUGCCUGUCUGGUCUUUUUCUAUCACGUGAUUCGAGUGAUGUUUCAACGGUCACACAGCGCAGCAGUAGAUUUUAAAUUAGUAAUGCUGGGACCAAAUUUGCAUUACUCUAGGCUUUUUAAAAUAUUUAAGAACAUUUUUUUAAAUAUCUAAAACAGUUUGUUAAUUCCAGACAAUGUCCAGAACCUGGAAAAUAAUUUUUCGAAUUUCAUAUAUUUUCCAGGAAUUUCAUGAUGUGGGAACCCUGUAUUAAUGCAUACAUGUGAAAUGUUAAAGGGAUAGUUCAGAUUUUAUUAAGUGGGGUUGUUUGGGGUACUUACUACGUGUUUAGUGUAUUACAAACAGUAGAUGUCAGUCAGCACGUCCCCGGUUUGGAGAAGCAGACAGGAGUACUGACAUGUACUGCUGUGGUUGGGGUCAGCAAAACAGCUUUAGCCACCUUAAAAAAGUCCGACCCAAAAAGAAAUAAAUAUCAGUUUAAGUGUAUUCUAUAUUAGGAGUAUUUUUACUGCUUUACUUUUCCAUCAGACCGCCCAUUUUGACUUCAAUUCACCACAAAACACGACCAGACUCCAUUGACUAAAACAGCAAUUUUAACAACCUGAUCAUGAUGUUUACCGGCCUACAGCUGCUUCAAUCAGUUAGUUUGGGAUAGUGUGUGACUUUGGUGAAACCAAAGUAACCAUUUUAAACACAAA